UCAAGGCCACACCCCCCCCCCUUAAGUAAUGUCAAGUAACAAACCUUUUCUUUCUUUUUUUCAACACAAUUGUUCAUUAACCUGUAAUGUUUACAUCACCACCCUUGUGAUUUUCUUUUUAGUUACUGUGAUGGUGGGAUACUCUUGCACAAUAUAACUGAGUAAAGGAGAUUUAGAUCUGGAUUCAGAAUGGACAUACAGUACAAAGAAUCUGAAGUGUGUAUCAUACACCAUGAAACCAUGAAAGAAGAUGAUGAAAUCUUUGGUCUUAAAGACUAUGAAUCCUGGAAAACAUUGCUUAACGCAGCCAAAGUGAGAAACUAUGCCCCUAUUACAGAUGUUGCUAAAGACCUUGGAGAAGAAGAAGUCCCAAGAAUUCACUAUCACAGAAAAUGCCGGAGCCUCUUCACAAUGAAAAGAGAAAAGCAGAAAAGGAAAGCCACGGAAAACAUUACAGAUGAAGCUGGAGAGAAUAGCUUACCAAAAAGACCAAGUAGGAGAUCUUCAGAUGGAGCAAGAGUAUAUCAUCCAAUCUGCAUUUUUUGUAAUAAAGAGAAGUUUGUAAAGGGCUCCAAGUCAAGGGAAAAACUCACACAAGCUGUAACAUUAAAUGCUGACCAAACACUAAGAGAAUGUGCCACCCAAAAAAGAGAUGAAAAGAUUCUAGCAGUAACAACCAGAGAUGUAGUUGCUGCAGAGGCCCACUAUCAUCGUUCAUGCUAUAAGGAGUACACAAGAAUCAAGAAAAAGGAGCCCAAGAACCAAGAUAACGAUGCAGGAACAGAUGGUGAUGAAGAGUAUAAAAGGAUUGAAAGGGAAGCCUAUAAAGACCUUUUCGUGUAUAUCAGAACUGAUAUCAUACCCAACAAAACAAUUGUACAGGUCACUUCUUUGGUCACAAAGCUCACAUCAUUCAUGCUAUCUGGUGGAGUUACAAGCCUGCAGGAUUCAACAAAGAAGAACAUUCGAAGGACGCUUGAAAAUGAGCUGGGAAAUUCUGUUGAUAUAUUUCCAGAUGACAAAGCCAAAUUGCUGAUGGUUCCUGAAACUGUUUCUAGAAGGGAUGUUGUCUUGGAAAAUCAAAAUCUGCUGAGGGAACUCAACGUUUGGAGGGCCAAGUCAACCAAUGUCAACAAGAUCAUAGAUCAGACAUCAUCACAUAUCAGAUCAAUCAUCAAACAGGAGAUGACUGUGACCCCCUGGCCAUUCCAUCCAUCUGAUGUGAAAGAUAGUGGUUAUAUCACCUUACCAGAUCAACUAGAAUGGCUUCUUGUUGGACUGCUCACUGGAAAUCCUGACACCAAAACUCAAACACAGAAGAUCACUGCUUUGGUUCAAUCAUUUAGUCAAGACAUAAUAUACGCUGUCACAAGUGGUCAACAUAAAACACCAAAGCACAUUCUACUCACGUAUGCUGUAAAAACACUGACGGGUAAUACUGAGCUCAUACAAACACUGAACAAGCUGGGGCAUGGGGUGUCUUACUCCCAGCUUGAAGAGAACAACACUGCUCUGUGUCUCCAAAAACUAGCAACAGCCUCUAACCAAAGAGUUGUACUUCCAGCCUCCAUCAAGCCUCAUGUCUUCACCAAUCUUGCAUGGGAUAAUAUUGAUAGACUUGAGGAAACCCUCAAUGGAAAGGGUACAUCACACAGAGUUAAUGGCAUAGUAGUACAGGCCAAUGUCUAUGGACCACAUCUGUCAAGAACUGAUCUUCCACACAUUGAGAAACUGAAGCAGAGAUCAGUCACCAUUGAAGACCAAGGCCUGGAAGUAUAUGUAGCAGGUGCACGUGUGGGCCCACAACCUCUUCCAACCAGGGACAACUGUAUCCAGGAAACCAAGGAGGCUGCUCUUCUUGCAAGAAAGAAGACAAUGAUGUGGGCACUUGCAAGGCAAACAGAUCCAGAGAAUCAGACAAUCCCCAGCUGGACUGGUUUUAAUAUCAGCACCAGGGACCAGGAACCAAUCUCACAAGAUAUUGUUGGAUAUCUGCCAACCAUCAACUCACCAGCCACAGAGUUGAACACAGUGUUUGAAAUCCUUAAACAAUCAGAGCUAAUCAGGAAGGAGCUGCACCUAGAGACAAUAGUUGUAGUCAUGGAUCAAGCGCUCUAUGCAAAAGCCGUUGAGAUAACCUGGAAGCACAGAGAAUGGUUCUCCAACAUUCUUCUCAGGAUGGGGACAUUCCAUACUAUAUGUAAUGCCUUAGCCAUCAUAGGAAAGCGGUUUAGGGAUGCUGGUCUAAAGGACAUAUGCAUAGAGGCUGGAGUUGUCGCAGAGGGGUCCAUCAAUGGAGUCCUUGACGGUAAACACUAUAACCGUGCAGUCAGGGUCCACAAGUACAUCUCAGAAGCACUGAUGAGACUUGCAUGGGAAGAGUUCACACCCUGGGUUGAGAAAAAUGCUCCAGAGAGGAGUGGGAUGAUCAAAUCAUUCUUGGAGGAUGUGAAAGAUAUGACCAGUGACCUUAACCAAGAAAAGAUGACCAAUCUGCUGCAAAGUCCACUCUCUGCUGAGCUGAUAACCCUGUGGACAGACUUUCUAGAACACCUCCGUCACAACAAUGGAGAGCUCUCUGCAUUCUGGAUGUCAUACAUUGACAUGGUAGAGGAUGUAGUACUUGGCCUUCUGCGUGCGUCUCGUGAGGGGGACUGGGAGUUGCACCUCCACGCUAUAAGAACCAUGAUCCCAUGGUGCUUUGCCUACGAUAAGAUGAAUUAUGCCAGGUACCUGUCCCCUUACUUUGCUCAGAUGACCAACCUCCCAGAGAAGUAUCCUUCUGUGUAUGAGGCCUUCAAGACAGGACAGUUCUCAGUGCAGCUGUCAAAUAACAACACAUUUGGGAGAAUUCCUGUAGACCAGGCUAUUGAAGUCACAGUGAAUAAAGACACACAGACUCCUGGAGGCACAUCACGGUUUAGCCUGAAAGCUGGAGCGGUCAGGCGUUACUACCUAACAGCUGAGCACCACAGUGCAUUCCUAGGACAGUUAAGGGAGAUGCUACAAGGCAACAAAUCACAGCUUUCUCAUUCAGAGCUACAGUCACCAAGAAUCCAGAAAGACAAGGAAGCAGUUUCAGCAGUGGUUAGCCUCAUAAAAGGAUGGAUAAACCCAUUUGACGAGAAGCGGGACCUCAUUAGCAUCUCUACGGCAAAGACGGUGCCCAAAGACAUUGCCUCCGACCUCAUGAAGGCAUAUGAGAUUGGUGAGCAAUGCUAUGCAAACUUCAAGGAUGAGAGACUAGACAAAGAAACACCAGCAAAGAAAUUCCACGACCCAAUGAAAACCAACAAGCUGAAAACAUUCAGUGAUAUGUGUAAGAAGAGAGAAGUGAAAUCAAGUGGGAGGGCAGUCAUCUUGAAAGCAGACAGGUCUCUGUUUGGACGCAUCAUAGUAAUGGCACAAGCACGUAGUCUUAACAUGGAGGAUAUCCUUUCUCAUCCUCUUGGUCCAUUGCCCUGGGCACUCUCCACACCAGAUGGAUUACUGAGAAAAACAAACAAAGCUACUUUGGCCACAGCCUUGCAGAAAAAUGUAGCACUACAGGAGAAACACCCAGAAAACUCUGCCACAGUGGUUGAUGGGAUGAACUUAGUCCAACGAGUGAAAGGUGAUGAAGUUACUUUCAGAGAUGUUGCCACAACAAUCCUGGGUAUGGCUCUGAGGGAAGGCAGUCAGAGUAGAAGAAUAGAUGUUGUGUUCGACACAUACAAGCAAAACUCAAUCAAGAAUAGUGAAAGAUCUCUACGGGGUGAAGAGACUGGUCAUGAGUUGCAGGAUAUCACAAGCACACAGAUGGUGAGGCAGUGGAGGAGCUUCCUGACCAAAGUCAAUAACAAAACUAGUCUCAUUAGCUUCAUAGUGAAUGAAUGGAGGAAGCCAGAAUACAGAGAAAAGCUACAGAAGAAGAUUCUAUAUGCAACUGUGAUUGACAAAUGUUACAGAAUCACAUAUCAAGACAGUGAGGAGGUGUCAACUCUUCAAUGUCAACAAGAAGAAGCAGAUGGACGACUACUUCUCCGCCGCCCAUGCCGCCAAGAGAGGGAUACCAAUCUUAUCUCUGGGUGCCUCCGGCAUGAUGAGAGAGCUGUGUGGGCCCACCUUGAGCCUGUGAUAAAAGAUGUGUUGGGCAGUCGGAACCCACGUCCUACUACUCUCCAUGUGAUGAGCGAUGGACCUGUCACUCAGUACCGUAACAAAAAGAACUUUUACCUGCUGAGCACCAUCCCCUUCCUUUCAGGAUUCAAUCAGGUCACUUGGAACUUCUCUGAGAGGUCUCACGGGAAAGGUGCACCAGAUGGGGUUGGGGGUGCUGUUAAAAGGAUUGCUGACUCUUCUGUCAACCGGGGAGCAGACAUCCAAACCCCUGAGGAUUUUACAGAUUUUUAA